UACUUGGCGCUCUCUACUCUCCUCCUUCACUGCAUUGCAUCAUCACACUGUCUCUCUCUCGAUCAUCGUUCAGUCUGCUAACGUUAACAAACAAAAAAAUGAAACCAGAAAGCCUGUUUGCAUCUGCAGUAAUCAACUUCGGUCUAGCUUUGAUAGUGCUCUCACUCUUUUCCAUCUUGAAAAAACAGCCAUCAAACGCUCUCAUUUACUACUCUCGUCGUCUCUCUACAAAGCACCCCAUUUCAUUUCAUCACUCCUUCACUCUCUCUCGCUUUCUCCCCUCAGUUUCUUGGAUUCCUCGCGCCUUUCGUGUUACGGAAGAUGAAAUUCUUGAAAUCGGCGGGGUUGAUGCGCUUGUUAUCAUCAGACUCUUUAAGUUCGGGAUUAAGUUUUUUGGGGUUUGUUCGGUUAUUGGAUUGGUGAUACUUUUACCAGUUAAUUAUGGUGGACAGGAUGAGCCAUUGAAGGUUAAUCAUACUUUGGAUUCUUUUACUAUAUCCAAUGUUCUCAGAGGUUCCGACAGGCUUUGGGUGCAUUUUACAUGCUUGUGGGUUAUAUCUUUCUAUGGAUUAUAUUUACUGUACAAGGAAUAUAAUGAAAUUUUCAUUAAAAGAAUUCAACGAAUUCGGGACUUAAGACAUCGACCUGAUCAGUUCACUGUUCUUGUUCGACGUAUUCCUUUGUGCCUUGAACACAAGGCUCUUGGGUGCUCUGUCGAUCAUUUUUUCUCUAAGUAUCAUCCGACAAGUUAUCAUUCUCAUCAAAUGUUGUAUGACACAAAGGAAAUUGACAAUCUGCUAAAACAGACAAAACAUCUUACAGAAAAGAUUGAGGGCUUACGAGGGAGGUCCACUGUCAAGAAGCAUGGCAAAGAAACCUUACUUGUUGGCACAUCUCAAGAUGAUUCUCUUAAAAUAUCCGUAUUCGAGGAAAAAGUUCAAGAGAUCUAUCAUGAUAUUCUCCAAUUACAGGAUAGAAAUAUGCUGAAAGGAAAGGAAUUGCCUGUGGCCUUUAUCACCUUUAAGUCUCGAACUGGUGCUGCACUAGCUGCCCAAUCUCAGCAGCACUCACAUCCACUGUUGUGGAUCACCGAAAUGGCUCCAGAACCUAGAGAUGUCUCAUGGAGAAGUCUGGCGAUACCUUAUAAACUGUUGCCACUAUACAAAAUCGGAGUUGUCGUUUUAGCAUCACUCCUUACAAUUUUCUUUGCAAUCCCAGUCACCGCUGUUCAAGGAAUAGCCAAAUUCGAGAAAUUAAAGAAAUGGUUCCCUCCAGCUAAGGCCAUAGAGCUGAUGCCAGGAGGAUUAAGCUCAAUUGUGACAGGUUAUCUUCCAAGUGCUGUUCUGAAAGGAUUUAUAUAUAUUGUCCCCUUCGCAAUGCUUGGCAUGGCUCAUAUAGGUGGUUCCAUUUCAAAGAGCAAGGCAGAGAUCAAAGCUUGCAAUAUGGUUUUCUAUUUUUUAGUGGGAAAUGUAUUCUUUCUGAGUUUGAUAUCGGGGUCCUUACUUGACGAAAUUGGAGAAUACUUAUCUCAUCCUACAUAUUUUCCUAGUCAUCUAGCCGGUUCUGUCUCUGCCCAAGCUGAUUUCUUUAUGACAUACAUCUUGACAGAUGGUCUAUCAGGAUUUUCUUUGGAGAUUCUUCAGCCUGGAAUGCUCUUAUUGGAUUCUGUAAUGCUACAUACAUGCGGGCGGAUCAAAGACGAAAAUCCUUAUCUCUAUUCUCUACCCUACUAUAGAAUUAUACCUCCUGUCGCCCUAUCAAUGCUCAUCGGCAUGGUAUAUGCAGUUGUCUCACCACUCCUGCUUCCAUUGCUUGUUGGCUAUUUCUGUCUAGGCUACAUUGUGUAUGUCAACCAGAUCAAAGAUGUUUAUGAAACUGUUUAUGAGACGUCCGGACGAUAUUGGCCAUAUAUUCAUCACUAUAUUGUGGUUGGAAUCAUCCUUAUGCAAAUCACUAUGAUUGGCCUUUUCGGGCUGAAGUCAAAACCAUAUGCGGCCAUAGCUACAAUUCCUCUGUUAUUGAUGACUAUAGCUUUCAAUGAGUAUUGCAAGACCCGUUUUCUUCCCACAUUUAGAAACUAUUCCAUCCAGGAUGCUGUUGAUCAUGAUGAAUUAGAUCAAAAGAAUGGUGAAAUGGAAGUGAACUACGGGAACGCCAGUACUGCUUAUCGUCAACCUAGUUUACGGCCUGUAAGCUUUAUAUCAGAGUCAAGUUUCACACAGCCAUUAAUUUCUUCAUUCUGAUUUCACAACUCUAUAUCUCAGAGCUUUUAUCCACUUUUAUGGAUUUUUUAUAUUCGAAACAUGAAAAUCUAAACUUUUGAAAAAUAAAAUAUUUUCUGAUUGGAAUUAGUGUCCGUCAGUUUACAUUAGGAA